AUGAAGCGCAGCCGAGACGACGAAGGGGAGGUGGAGGAGGCGCUCCAUCAGCUACAGGGCACGCUCGAGCGCGGUUUCGAGCACAAGCUGAGGGCUCUGGACAAGGUCAUCUCGCUGAUCGACCCCAGCGACGACCAGUACGUCAUCCAGCGGGCGCUGGUGAACGGCGACGCCGCUUUCUACGUCACAGAGCUGCUGGCCGACGCCACGGCGGGCGCCAAGGCGGCCGAGGCGGUGGCGGCGGUGUGCCGCCACGCCGCGCCCAGCAUGGCGCGCCUGGCCACGGGGCCCCUGGUGGGCUUGGACUCGUCGGUGGAGCGGGUCAGCCUCAACCCCUGCCAGUCAGACUUUGUCGACAGCGGAGCUGUGGCCGCCCUGGUGCCCAUGGCGCUGCAGCGGAGCGAGGCGGCGCGGGAGGCGGCCGCCGAGGCGCUGGCGGCGCUGUGCAGCUUCAACCAGGAGGGGAAGCUGGCAUACCUGGAGGGGCUGGUACAGGCGCUGACGCAGCAGCAGCAGCUGGAGGUGCGGCCGACGGGCGGCUGCUCGAGGCGGGAGCUGCCGCUGGUGUUUGCGCCCGUCGGCGCCGCCACCCUGGAGCUCCUGGAUGCUCUCAUCGAUGGCAUGGAGUGCGGCGGCGAGGCGGCGGCGCAGCAGCUGGACCUCCUGCUGGUGCCGCUGCUGGCGGAGCUGCGGGCGGGGCGCGGGCGCCCCGCCAGCCAGGCGGCCGUCAGCCUGCUGGGCACGCUGUGCGAGCGCCGGCCGGAGCUGGCCGCCGAACUGCGGGCGGCGGGCGCGGUGGCCGGCGUGGCGCAGCACCUGCUGCACGGCAGCCAGGAGGUGCAGGAUGUGGCGGCGCGGGCGCUGUGGCUGCUGGCGAAGGACGACAAGAAGUGCUUGGCGGCUGAGCAGGGGCUGCUGGGGUGCGAAGCGUCGGCGCUGGCGCGCAUGCUGGUGCAGCUAAUAGAGGUGGCAGAUGCGGAAGAGGCUCGGCAGCGAGAGGAGGAGGAUGGUGGGGCGGGCAGCGGCGCGGAGGGCGAUGCCCCGGGGGGCGCAGCAGGCGUGGUUGGCGGCCCGCCGGCGGCCGACAUCUGCCAUGCGGAGGAGGCGUCUGCGCUGCUCAAGGCGCUGGCAGCGGCCCACCCCGAGGUGGAGCAGCUGGUGGAGGAGCGGGAGGUGCCCAUCGCGCGGCACAGCAGCCAGAAGUGCUGCAUCCAGUAG